GGAGGGGAGGAUGGAUUGAGGGCUGAUGGGAUAAGGCCUAGCGAGCCAAAGUGCAAAGAUUACGCGGUGUUUCGCGCAGGCGCUGGGUCUCGAGACAAAGCUGAUGGUACCACUUGGAGCGUCACGGACCUACGGGAGGACGGGGGAGCCAUUCCAAAUCUGUAGUUGUGCUAGGCACUUGGGGUUCCCUGGAAUUUCCAACAGGUACUAUACAAGAGGCCUUAGCAGGAGCAGCAGGACUUUUGGGAAGAAUGAGACAGGCCAAGGAUCUGAAGCAGGCCCUCCAAAAAGCAACAUGAAGACUGAUCCAUUACCCAACCAAAAAGCUUCCUCUCACUCUGAUGGUGGUUCUUCAGAAUCCCCAUAUCCUCCGCCUCCUAUAUUGCCACCCCCUACAAACUGCUGCAUGAGUGGCUGUCACAAUUGUGUAUGGAUUGAGUAUGUUGAGGAACUCUUACAACAUUACAAGGAUGGUGGGGCCAAAGCAUUGGCUGCUGUGGAUGAACAUAUCCAAGAUGAGAAUAUCAAGACCUUUAUCAAGAUGGAGAUCCAAUUCAGAAUGAGAGAAAAAGACUGAUGUGCAUCCCAAGUGGAAAUGUUUUCCACCUGUCAUCUCUCCAGGAACUGCAACUACCUCUAGUGAUUUUUUUGCUCCCUUUUCAAGGGGUUUUCAGAGAAGAAAUGAAUAUUAAUAGGAUGGAUAUUAUAUUGACUUUGCCUGAAAAUAAAUACUCCCUUCCCUGACAUGUCACCUAGAAGUGUAUGUCUUCUGCUAACUGUUUCUUUUUGAGGCGUCAUUCUUCAACAUCUAAAACUACCUUGGCAACUUUUUAAUCUUCCUAUAACUUCAUUCUCAAAUAAUAAAUUAUCAAAUAUAUGACUUUGUAUAAAAAUGUAUAGGUAUUAGACAUAAAAGGAGAUAUAAGUAAGUUAGAAGAACAGGGAACAUAUUACCUAUCUGAUUUAUGGAUAGGAGAGGAAUUUAUAAGUCAACAAAAGAUGGAGAGCAUUGUGAAAUGUAAACCGGACAAUUUUGAAUACAUUAAAUUGAAGUUUUAGUACAAAUAAAUGUUGCCAAGAUGAGAAGGAAAACAGAAAAUUGUGAAAAAAAAUUUACAGAUAGCCUGUUGAAUAGAGGUCUCAUAUCUAACAUAUAUAGAGAACUUUAUCAAAUUUAUAAGAAUAAGAGCCACCCCUCCAUUGAUAAAUGGGCAAUAGUUAUGGAUAAUUUUUUGAUGAUGAAAUCAGCCAUAUAUAGGUAUAUGAAACAAAUACCCUAAAUCACUACUGACUAGAAAAAUGCAAAACAAAACAGUUCUGAAAUUUCUCACACCAAUCCCAUCAAAAUGGCUAAAAUACCAGAAGAGCAAAAUGACAAAUUUUGGAGGGCAUAUGGAAAAAUGGGGAUACUCAUACACUUGGAGCUGUGAACUGAUCCAACACAUCUUGGAGAGCAAUUUGAAAUGACACCCAAAGAGCUGUAAAACUGUGUAUACUCUUAGACCCUGCUGGGUCUAUUUUCCAAGGAGAUCAGGGAAAAAGAAAACCCAAUUUUUUUUUUCUUUUCCAAAAUAGCAACUCUCUCUGUGUUAGCAAAGAAUUGGGGAUGCUCAUCAUUUGGGGAAUGGCCAAACACAUUGUGGUAUAUGAUUGUGAUGGAGUACUAUUGCCCUGUAAGAAACAAUGAGCUGGUUAAUUUUUUACAAACUUGUAAAGAACUAUAUGGGAUAAUGAACAAUGAAAUGAAUAGAAUUGAGAACCUCAUACAGAAUUAAUACUGUAUACACUGUGAAUAUUACAUAUAGAGAGUGAACUGCAAGACUUAAUUUGCAUGAACAUGUUUGUCUCCUGGAUGAUGCCAUGGGGAAGGUGAAGAGAGACUAGGACUCUUAUAGAUAAAUUCUGUUAAUUAAAAAAAAUGUACAGGUACAGUCUCUUCCAAGGAGCUAAAAUGAAUGCACAGACUUUUAUAGGUUACUGAGACAAGAUAAAACUGAAAUCAUGUACAAUAAAGCACUGUUCAAAAGCA